AUGCAGGUGCCACUUCUACGUCUUCAAUGUGGCGUCAACAGCUACGACUGGGGUAAGGUCGGCCAUGAGUCGGCAGCUGCAAAGUAUGCCGCGACUACGGCGACUGCAGAUUUCUCGAUUGAAUCCGAGAAGCCGUACGCAGAACUAUGGAUGGGGACCCAUCCCUCCCUGCCAUCAAAGGACCUCGAGACGCAGCGGACAUUGCUCGACCUAGUCCAGGAUAACGUGGCUUUGAUGUCACCCGAGGUUACGGAACGAUACGGCGGCAGACUUCCCUUUCUUUUCAAAGUGUUGUCCAUCCGAAAGGCUCUCAGUAUCCAGGCUCAUCCAAAUAAGAAGUUGGCAGAGCAACUCCAUGCUCGGGAUCCUAAAAACUACCCAGAUGACAACCACAAGCCGGAGAUGACCAUCGCAAUCACCCCUUUUGAGGGAUUGUGCGGCUUCCGCCCUCUCUCCGAGAUCGUACAUUUCCUGAAAGCCGUUGCGCCUCUCCGAUACCUGGUCGGCGUGCAGACCGCAAGUGACUUUGAAAAGGUGGUCAAGGGCUCAGAAGACUCCGAAGACCCGGAGCAAACCAAGAAAAACAAAGACGCGCUACGCACCCUUUUUUCUUCACUCAUGAAGUCCUCUUCCGAAGAUGUCGAGGCUGCAGCGAAGGAGCUUGUCUCAGCAGCUCAGAGCUCCCCCGAGACCUUUGCUUCAUUAGUCAAUGCUCCUGACACCAACCCUAGCAAUGCCGCCGAACUGGCCGCUCUUAUUGUCCGCCUCAACGAACAGUUCCCUAAUGAUAUCGGCCUGUUUGUGUUCUUCUUUCUCAACUUCGUCACGCUUGAACCUGGAGAGGCCAUGUUCCUCAAAGCAGACGAUAUCCACGCCUACAUCUCUGGAGACAUCAUCGAGUGCAUGGCAUCAUCCGACAAUGUCGUGAGAGCGGGGUUUACCCCCAAGUUCAAGGAUGUGGAUACGCUCACGGACAUGUUGACCUAUUCAUAUGCGCCGAUUGAGGAACAGAAGCUGGAACCUACAGAGUAUCCUUAUGUGGUGUUGAAUGCGCCGGCCUACUCGAGCGCCUCGUCCUCCGUUCUCUACGACCCGCCGAUCGAAGAGUUCAGCGUCUUGAAGACGGAGCUCCGCCGCACCGGCGCGAAAGCGACCUUUGAUCCGCUUACUGGCCCCAGUAUCUUGAUCUGCACAGGCGGGACGGGCAAAAUCACGGUCGGUCGGAAAACAGAGGAAGUCAAGGAGGGAUAUGUGUUUUUCGUAGGCGCGAAUGCAGAAUGCAUUAUCGAGAACACUGGUACUGGACCAGACGACGAGAAUGUGUUUACCACAUUCAAGGCUUUUUGUGACCUGACUGGACAGGAGGAUAGUGCCAAUGGGCAUUAA